AUGGAUUUGGCAUCAGGAUCCGGUUCACACGACCCUGGAGAACCUCCAGGUCCAUCGCAGCCUGGUGGUGCAGUUGAGUCAACUACCGGAAGAUCAAGGUUACAAGCCACGGCAACACAAUCACUCAGCAGAUACGAGUCGCAGAAGCGCCGUGACUGGAACACGUUCUUGCAGUAUUUAAAGAACCACAAACCACCGUUGACGCUAGCGAGGUGCAGCGGCGCCCACGUGAUCGAGUUCCUCAAGUACCUCGACCAGUUCGGAAAAACGAAGGUUCACGUGACUGGAUGUCCUUACUUUGGCUACCCAAACCCACCGGCGCCGUGUGCUUGUCCACUGAAACAAGCUUGGGGGAGCCUCGACGCGCUCAUCGGCCGACUCAGGGCGGCGUACGAGGAGAACGGCGGUCAACCAGAGUCAAACCCGUUUGGUGCUAGAGCAGUGAGGAUAUAUUUGAGGGAGGUGAAAGAUAGUCAAGCCAAGGCUAGAGGUAUUCCAUAUGAGAAGAAGAAGAGAAAAAGAGCUGGUGGCAGUACGCCGAGCACCACCGCAAAGGCAGCAAAUACGUCGAUGGAUGAUGGUGCAGGUGGUGGUGGUGGGGAUGGUGGCAUUAUUUCUAGUAGUGAUUCUGCUCCUGUCACUUCUACAUUAUAG